AUGCAGGUGCCACUUCUCCGGCUGCAGUGCGGUGUCAACAGUUACGACUGGGGCAAGGUCGGCCAAGAGUCGGCAGCCGCCAGAUAUGCGGCCACAACUGCCGGCCCCGAUUUUACCAUCGAGGCCGAGAAACCUUACGCCGAACUCUGGAUGGGCACACACCCAUCUCUUCCUUCCAAAGAUGUUGAAACCCAGCGAACUCUUCUUGACAUGGUUCAAGACAACCAAGCUUUGUUGUCGACCGAGAUAAGUGAGCGCUUCGGUAGCAAGCUUCCGUUCCUCUUCAAGGUGUUGUCCGUCCAAAAGGCGCUCAGCAUCCAAGCUCACCCCAACAAGAAGCUUGCUGAGCAGCUUCACGCUCGGGAUCCCAAGAACUACCCUGAUGACAACCACAAGCCUGAGAUGACUAUUGCUAUCACUCCCUUUGAGGGUGUGUGUGGCUUCCGUCCUCUCGCUGAGAUCGCCCAUUUCCUGCAGGCCGUGGAGCCUCUGCGCACUCUUGUUGGUGACAAGGCUGCGAGUGAGUUUGAACAGGCUGUCAAGGGCAAUGAAGGCUCCGAAGAUCCCGCCGUCAUUACAAAGAACAAGGAUGCGCUCCGUGCUCUGUUCACUAUCUUAAUGGAGUCUCCAUCCGAAAAGGUGGAGACUGCCUCCAGCGCUCUCAUUUCCAUUGCAGAGAACAGCCCUGACAGUUUCGGAACCUUGUCUGGUGAAGUGGAAACUAACCCCACGAACCCUGCGGAGCUGGCAGCCCUUGCAAAGCGCUUGAACGGACAGUUCCCGAAUGACAUCGGUCUGUUUGUAUUCUUCUUCCUUAACUUUGUCAAGCUGUCACCCGGCGAAGCCAUGUUCCUUAAAGCAGACGACAUCCACGCAUAUAUCUCCGGUGACAUCAUCGAGUGCAUGGCCUCUUCCGAUAACGUUGUGCGAGCAGGUUUCACCCCGAAGUUCAAGGACGUCGAUACCCUCACUGAGAUGCUCACCUACUCAUAUGCACCAAUCGAGGAACAGAAGCUUCAGGCAACAGACUACCCAUACGCUGUGCUCAACGCAACUGCAUACUCGAGUGGCUCGUCCGCGAUGCUCUACGAUCCCCCCAUUGAUGAGUUCAGUGUCGUCAAGAGCGAUCUCAAGCAUACCGGUGCUAAGGUCACAUUCGAUGGUAUCUCUGGCCCCAGCAUUAUUAUUUGCACCCAGGGCAAGGGCAAGAUCACCGUCGGAAACAAGACCGAGGAGGUCCAAGAAGGUUACGUUUUCUUCGUUGGUGCUACUGCCGAAUGUGCGAUUGAAAACACCGGCAGCGGGGAGGGUGAGGACAAUGUGUUCACUACUUACAAGGCAUUCUGCGAAUUGGCCCCGGCUGGUGAGGAAUAA